AUGAGCGAUAAAUCCAUAUGGAUAGAAUGGGAACAACCACCUCAGGAUGAUUACAGCUGUGAAGUGCAAGAGUACAAAAUCAAGUAUAGAAAAAUACAAAAUCAACAAUUUAGGGAAGCUGAAGCUGUGAUGAAUCAGUCUGUAGCUUUACCAAGUUCUAGUUUCAUAGUGUUCAAUGUACCAAGAGCUCCAGACCUCAUCACUAACUUUACCUUACCUGACUUGGAACCAUCAACAGAAUACGAAAUCUGUGUGUUAGCCUCAGGAAUAGUUGGUGAUGGUCCCUGUUCCAAUUCCAUAUUUGUGACCACAUUCUGUCCUGCACCUGGACCAGCUAGGAAAGUGAAAGGCAAAGGAGGUACCCGGAAGAUAUCACUUGCCUGGGAUCCACCUAUUGAGACUCAGACAUUUGGACCAGUUCUUGGUUACAAAAUCUCUUGUCGCAAACGAAAUUCAAGGGAUGAUUUCAAUCAACGUGAAACAGAACAGCUUGAUUUUGAGUUUUCAAAUUUAGAUGAUAAGACAUUGUAUGAAAUCAAAGUGGUUGCCUACAAUGAAUCAGGUGAUAGCCCAGAAGAGUUAUUGGAGGUGCAGACUUUGCCAUCAGCACCAGGACCAGCUAGGAAAGUGAAAGGCAAAGGAGGUACCCGGAAGAUAUCACUUGCCUGGGAUCCACCUAUUGAGACUCAGACAUUUGGACCAGUUCUUGGUUACAAAAUCUCUUGUCGCAAACGAAAUUCAAGGGAUGAUUUCAAUCAACGUGAAACAGAACAGCUUGAUUUUGAGUUUUCAAAUUUAGAUGAUAAGACAUGGUAUGAAAUCAGAGUGGUUGCCUACAAUGAAUCAGGUGAUAGCCCAGAAGAGUUAUUGGAGGUGCAGACUUUGCCAUCAGAUUUUAGAUUCAUAAGUGCAUUUGUACGUGCUCGUAUAUUGAUGAAGUCACAGCGACUCUGA